GCUAUAAAAGGCUGUUCUGAUGGGAGAGGAGCUGUUCGCAGACUGCGAUUGAGGCGACUCACACACGAACGCACUCAUUUUAGGGGAAUGUUUCGUGAUGGCACGUCUAAGCGCAAUGCUUAUGUUUUGGAGAGCGAGUAACUGAAUGAUUUCGGUUGCUCAGUAGCCUACCUUGACGUACAGUACCGGGGGCCAGCUGUAUUUCGGUUAAUUUACAUGUCGCCAAUCUGGUGUUCAGUGGCUGCUGAUUUUCACCCCACUAUUCUGUAUAGUUAAACAAACAUUGAAAAUGAAAAUUAAUUUCGGAACUGUGGUUGUUGUUGCUGGCUUCGCGGGGAUGUUAAGUUUUGGAUUCCUGGCUGCAGCCAUCGGGAGUGAGUACUGGUAUAUUAUAGAGGUGAACAAACUGAACCAGACAGACUCGGAGGAACUGAACUCUCAUUCUGGACUGUGGACGACGUACGAAGGGAGAAGUGGCAGUGCUCAUUCCAUCUACUCCUUCUCUGACUCCUCUGGAUACAAUUACACCGAGCCGGAACAGCGCAUACGCAGCAUGCAUAGGAUGAUCGUGAUCCUGCUGCCACUCAACCUGGUGCUGCUGGUGUUCGGCGGUAUCUGUGGCCUCGUUAGCGCCCUGUCACGGAGCCCCGCCCUCCUAAUUGGCUCCGCCUCCUACAUCUUCCUCUGCAGUCUCCUCACCCUGUGUGGGGCCUGCCUGUACCUCAGCUACUCCCAGCAGGCCCUGGAGGAGUUGCAGCGGCAGGUGGGACUGGAGCUCAUGGCCCAUGUGCACUUGUGCUUCGGCUGGUCGCUGGGCGUGGCCUGGCUGGCCUUCAGCCUGGAGGUCCUGACUGGGACUCUGCUCCUGCUGGCUGCCAGGAUGGCCUGUGUGAAGCACCAGCGCAACCCAGCAAAUAUCUGCACCUCCUCCUAUACAUACUGCACCUCCUCCAACACCUACAGCACCAAUACCUAAACCACCCCCUCCAAUACCUACUGCACCUCCUCUGAUACCUACUGCACCUCCUCCAACAACUACAGCUCCAAUACCUACUGCACCUCUUCCGAUACCUACUGCACCUCCUCCAAUACCUAAACCACCUCCUCCAAUACCUAGUGCACCUCCUCCAAUACCUACUGCACGUCCUCCAAUACUUAAACCACCUCCUCCAACACCUACAGCUCCACCACCAACACCACCACCUCUAACACUGACAGCUCCACCACCAACACCGCCACCUCCAAAUCCUACAGCACCAACACCACCACUGCCACCACGAACACCUAAACCACCUCCAUCUCCCAACACCUACGCCACCGAAACCACCCCUCCAGCACAGCCAAUUACGGCACACAUGCACCCAGCCACUGCACGAUGAAUGAGCAUAGCUAACAUACUGCAGUUUACACCCAUUUCUGUGUGGCAUCCAAACUAAUAACCAGCAUUUAUAUUGUUAUGUGGCACACUGGACAUGUUGUUUGUCUACAUUAUUAAGAAAUUAAAACAUUAUUAAUAACAUAAAUGAUUGACAGGCCCAUAACAUAAUAAAAGGUGUAAGAAGUGUGUAACUUUUACUGUGCCACUGCUGGUAAAACUCUUGUACCAAAUUAAUGAAAAUAUGUAGAUACAUCCGAAUUGAAUCAAGCUAUUCAUGUGAAAGAUACCAGCAAUUAAAUGUCAUGCAUCCCGGAUUCUAUUGUUACAUAUAUAUUUAUUCUGUGAGACUUGGACUUGAAGAUCUGCAGUGUUAUUUCCAGCGCUGAUGGUGCGGUGAGUGAGAGGGCGGUUCCUGGCUUCCAUGUUAAACUCCAUCAGCAGCAGUGGCCUUGAGCUACAGAGGAAAAGGAUUUCUACAGCCACGCCUUUCAGAAGCAUUCUCAUUGGACAGGAGAGAGCUGGGAGGAAGCCCGUUUUAUCCCACUUGGCCAGUUUGCCUGGGCUGUUUGGACCAGGUUCUCCUCCCAUUCCUACUGCUCCAUUGUGUGGUCAUUAUUUAAAGUCAGACUGUGGGAAAUAAUUGAAUUUAAUGAGAGAUUCCAUGCA